AGUGCGCUGAAAGUUCACUACGGAAUGUCUGAUAUUCAAACAGUGUUCCUUUUCAAUCUUUACUCAGUCCUUGAGCGUCCUUGACCCCCGCGACCCUUGAAUUUCGCGGAAUGUGAUGUAGCAGACUUCAAAGACCGCAGGGACCAAACAUGUUCAAGGAUUACAGACAGUUGGUGAAAAGGGAGGAGUAAGUAGAAGUCCUGCUUUGGAAAUCGGUCGCACUAUUCCCGAAAAAGCCACUCUUCUGGCACUAGUUCGAUAUAUAUCAACCACAGUAGACAGAUGUUCAAAUCGACUUGAAUCACAAAUGUGGAAGUAUUGGCUGCUGAAGCAGUUGCGUGCCAGGAUCUCGUUCUGCCAACGAAGUUGGCGUUAGCGUUCAAACAGAUUUUGCAGAGGUUCCAAGUUUCAAGAUGUUUCUUUGGAAAAGGAAAGGGAUACACAGGUACACCUCCUCAGCCUGCAAUGCGAAUUCGAAUUCGAAUGCACCCACGGAACACAUAAUCCGACCUACCUUAUAUAACCUUACUACAGAAGACAGAAAAGACGUUGUACCUCCUCGCCUUUCACAUUUGAAGGGUAUCGUAUUCAAGAUGCGUUCUUCUUCUUUUAAGCACACCGCCGUCGUCGUGGUCCCCCUCCUCAUUUUGUUACAAGCUCCUCGGGUGUAUGGAAGUCCUCGAUCCAAGGUCAACGACAAUGCCGGGGUUUCUAUCAAUGCGUCUACGGGAAUCACAACAUCGAACUGCUUUCCAGCUAACGGGUUCACCAUGCCAUCCACCGUCCCAAGCUCGACUGAUGGGUGGUGGUGUGACAUGGACACUGAAUAUGGCUUUGUCGGGUUCAGUUAUGAAGUUACGGCGUGUCAGACCCUGGGGGAACUUGAAACUGACUUCAAGAACAUUCGCAAGCAGUUCGAGGGCCGUUACAUCCGGCUGUAUGGUGCUUGUGACAACGAUGGGUUCUAUGACGAUAUCAUUGAAGCUGCCUGGACUGCCGGCAUAGGUGUUCAUGCAUUAAUAUGGUUUGGCUUCGACGGAAGCGACGAAUGGAUGACUCGUCGUGACGCUCUUUUUGCAACAUUGCAUUCUAAUCUGAAAGCGCCCUUUGUUACUCGCGUGGUACAGUUCGGUUCAGAACCACUAUACGAUGGAGUGCUUUCGCCGCAGGAUCUUGCGGAUCAGGUGUGGGAUGCCAAAGCGCAAUUGGACGAUCUCGGGAUUCCAGUUACAGUUUCUGAUAUGGCCUAUAGUUACCAAGAAAACAAUGGUGCACCAGAGGUCAUACAGGCCAUUGAUUUUGUCGAUGCCCAUAUGUUGCCGUAUUUUUCUCAACAAGCUUCGAUUGCAAACAAUUCGUGGCCCCUGGUUUUGGAUGAUUUAGAUUGGUUUGUUGACAAUGUGUAUGGGAAAAAGAUAUAUUUGAGUGAGAAUGGCUGGCCAUCAAAAAACUAUUCCGGUGUAGAGCCAAACAGUCCAUAUGCUGUAGCCAAUGUGCAGAACGAGCAUGAUUACUACACUCUGCUGGACUCAAAAUGCACUUACUUCAAAACCGUACCCGGAGGGGGCGUUGGGUGGUUCGCGCAUAUCUAUUCGGACAAUAUGGAACCAGGAUAUGGGAUCUAUGGUACGAAUGGAAGAUUGAAGUUCCCAUUCGCGCCUAGAACGUCUUGUUGAUAUACUGAUGAUGAUCAGUGAUUGAGUCGACGGGAUGGUUGUCAAAGGUGAAACCGCUCCAAGAGGGCAAGUGGAAGUCAACUUCAUACAUAUGUACAUGGCCAUGAUUCUCUGGCAGCUUCUAUGUCUGGCAAAUCAGAACCUGUUUCUUUUUCUUGUGUGUCCUGUGUUUGAUAGCCCUGUUAUUAUACCAAGCUUGUUUUGCGUCGAACUGUGCUUUGAUCUCCUUCACGGGGCAUCGUCGGCGAAACAGACAAAUACAAACAAACGU